AUGAAGAGAGAGAGAGAGAAGAAGAGUAUUACUGUAAAUAAGCAGCAGCAGAAGAAGAUUGAGAAGAAGCUGAUAGAGAAGAAGAUUAAGAUCUUAUUCAGAUCUCAAAUGCACUUCAUAAUUCAGAAUAUUAAGAAGACAGCUCUGCUCUCUGAGUAUGUUAAUCUGCUUACUGCUGAGAUAGAACCUGAGACAGCAGAUCAGAAAAUACAGGAUUUUAAGAUGCAGAUUGAUCUGACUUAG